CGGGCCGUGUGCGCGCGCACCCCGCCCACUCGCUGGCGCGUCGCCCGGGCCGGCUGCUGGCGGCUGUCUGACGGCUUGUCUCGCGGACGCAGUGCCCCAGAGCCUCCAAGCCCAUGGCCUCCUUAGGAGCGACCCCAGGCCGCACGCCGCAGGGACCAGGACCUGGACCCGGGGCAACCUUGACUGGCUUCUCCAGCCCAGUGCCAGUGCCAGGCCCUGGGGAGGCUGAGGAAGACGACGACGAUGACGACGACGAAGCCGAGAUCCAUCUGUGUGUGCUGUGGCAUUCAGGAUUCCUGGGCAUUGCCUACUAUGACACUAGUGACUCCACUGUCCACUUUAUGCCAGACACCCCAGACCACGAGAGUCUCAGGCUUCUCCAGAGAGUUCUGAAUGAAAUCAAUCCACGGUCUGUUGUUACAAGUGCCAAACAAGAUGAGACUAUGACUCAGUUUCUGGGGAAGCUUGCCUCACAGGAGCACAGAGAGCCUAUGAGACCUGAAAUCAUAUUCUUGCCAAGUGUGGAUUUUGGUCUGGAGAUAAGCAAACAGCGCCUUCUUUCUGGAAACUAUUCCUUCAUCCCAGACUCCAUGACUGCCACUGAGAAAAUCCUCUUCCUCUCUUCCAUUAUUCCCUUUGAUUGCCUUCUCACGGUUCGAGCACUUGGAGGGCUGCUCAAGUUCCUGGGUCGGAGAAGAAUCGGUGUUGAGCUGGAAGACUUUAAUGUCAGCGUCCCCAUCCUCGGUUUUAAGAAAUUUGUGUUGACUCAUCUAGUGAGCAUAGAUCAAGACACAUACAGUGUUCUACAGAUUUUUAAAAGUGAGUCUCAUCCCUCGGUGUACAAAGUGGCCAGUGGACUGAAGGAGGGGCUCAGCCUCUUUGGAAUCCUCAACAGGUGCCGCUGUAAGUGGGGAGAGAAGCUUCUCAGGUUGUGGUUCACACGACCAACUCAUGACUUGGGGGAACUUAACUCCCGAUUGGAUGUUAUUCAGUUCUUCCUGCUACCUCAGAAUCUGGACAUGGCUCAGAUGCUGCACCGGCUGCUGGGUCACAUCAAGAACGUGCCUCUGAUUUUGAAACGCAUGAAGUUGUCCCAUACCAAAGUCAGUGACUGGCAAGUGCUAUACAAGACUGUGUACAGUGCCCUGGGCCUGAGGGAUGCCUGCCGCUCCCUGCCCCAGUCCAUCCAGCUCUUUCGGGACAUUGCCCAAGAGUUUUCUGAUGACCUGCAUCACAUCGCCAGCCUCAUUGGGAAAGUGGUAGACUUUGAGGGCAGUCUUGCUGAAAAUCGCUUCACAGUCCUCCCCAACAUAGAUCCUGAAAUUGAUGAGAAAAAGCGAAGGCUGAUGGGACUUCCCAGUUUCCUCACCGAUGUUGCUCGGAAGGAGCUAGAGGAUCUGGACUCCCGUAUUCCUUCAUGCAGUGUCAUCUACAUCCCUCUGAUCGGCUUCCUUCUUUCUAUUCCCCGCCUGCCCUCCAUGAUAGAGUCCAGUGACUUUGAGAUUGAGGGACUGGACUUCAUGUUUCUCUCAGAGGAGAAGCUGCACUACCGGAGUGCUCGAACCAAGGAGCUGGACACAUUGCUGGGGGACCUGCACUGCGAAAUCCGGGACCAGGAGACCCUGUUGAUGUACCAGCUGCAAUGCCAGGUGCUGGCGCGGGCGGCAGUCCUGACCCGGGUCCUGGACCUUGCCUCCCGCCUGGACGUCCUGCUGGCUCUUGCCAGUGCUGCCCGGGACUAUGGCUACUCAAGGCCCUGUUACUCCUCUCAACUCCUUGGGGUACGAAUCCAGAAUGGAAGACAUCCUCUUAUGGAACUCUGUGCCCGAACCUUCGUGCCUAACUCUGCAGAAUGUUGUGGGGACAGAGGGAGGGUCAAAGUCAUCACUGGACCCAACUCCUCAGGGAAGAGCAUAUACCUUAAACAGGUAGGCCUGAUCACAUUCAUGGCCCUGGUGGGCAGCUUUGUGCCAGCAGAGAAGGCCGAAAUUGGAGCAGUAGACGCCAUCUUCACCCGAAUUCAUAGCUGUGAAUCCAUCUCCCUCGGCCUCUCAACCUUCAUGAUCGAUCUCAACCAGGUGGCCAAAGCGGUGAACAACGCCACUGAGCAGUCUCUGGUCCUCAUUGAUGAAUUUGGCAAGGGAACCAACACGGUUGAUGGGCUUGCGCUUCUGGCUGCCGUGAUCCGACACUGGCUGGCCCUGGGACCUGGGUGCCCCCACAUCUUUGUGGCCACCAACUUUCUGAGCCUUGUUCAGCUGCAGCUCCUGCCACAAAGUCCGCUGGUUCAGUAUCUGACCAUGGAGACCUGUGAGGACGGGACGGACCUCGUCUUCUUCUAUCAGGUUUGCGAAGGAGUCGCCAGCGCCAGCCAUGCCUGCCACACAGCUGCCCAGGCUGGGCUUCCAGACAGACUCGUUGCUCGUGGCAAGGAGGUCUCAGACUUGAUCCGCAGCGGGAAACCCAUCAAGCCUGUCAAGGGGCUGCUGAAGGAGAACCAGAUGGACCAUUGCCAGACAUUAGUGGGUAAGUUUCUGAAACUGGACUUGCAAGAUCCCAGCCUGGAUCUGGACGUGUUCAUGAGCCAGGAGGUGCUGCCUGCUGCCACCACCAUCCUCUGAGCGUCUUCCUCCACCCUCCCCAACUUCCUCAGAACCCCCCAGACUGCUGUGCCCUCUGCUUCUGUGUCCUGACCCAGACUUUCCGGUUCCCUAGAAAUUUUGUUUCAUAUUAGGAAUAAAGUUUAUUUU